CAUCAGGUGCUAUAAAUCCACGUUGUGCCGAGUUGGAAUUAAAGGCUUUCCAGGGAACGAACCAAGCAAAAUGCCGAGCUACAAACUGACGUAUUUUGAUGCGAGGGGCCGGGCGGAGCCGGUGCGGCUACUGUGUGCUGCAGGCGGGAUUGAGUACGAAGACGUGCGGGUGGGCGGCGGCAUGGAAGGGGAGCAGUGGGCCGAGCUCAAGCCGAAAACUCCCAUGGGUCAACUGCCUAUCCUAGAAGUGGACGGAACCAUUAUCUGUCAGGGGAAGGCCAUCAGCAGACUGCUCGCCAAAGAAGUCGGUAUGGCAGGGAAGACCAAUCUGGACCAGGCCCGGGCAGACAUGAUCUGUGACGGGGUGGAUGAUUUUGGGAUGAAGUUGGUGUCAAUAUUCAUGGACAAGGACGAAAAGAAGAAAGAAGAAAUGAAGAAGGAAAUGACAGAGAAAACCCUGCCGUCGUUCUUUGACCUGUUUGAAAAGCUGGCGAGCGCGGAGGGCUAUUUCGUGGGGAACUCGUUGACCUGGGCUGACAUCAAUUUCUUCGCCUUCGUCGGCUUCAUUUCAACAUUUAUGCAGGGGGACCAUCUCCAAGGUUACGUCAACCUGAACAAAGUCAUGGGGAACGUCUCAGCCAAUCCGGGCAUCGCCAAAUGGCUGAAGGAGAGGCCGGUCACGCAGUUUUAAAAUCUCACACCUAUGCGGUCAUCACAGAACUCCAAGCAGAUACUUUGAUGCGAGAUUGUAUCUGAUCGACUCUUUCUGGCACGCAGAUUGUUGAGCGCUAAUUACUGAUCAAGGUCGUUGCCAACGUCAAGACCAAUCCGGGCAUCGCAAAAUGGCUGGAAGAGAGGCCUCAGACCACAUUUUAAAACCUUAGUGUCAUCGACAAAAACCAGUGCUUUCGCGCUAUGACUAUAGAGUAGUAAUAUGACGGCCGGCCGUCAUAUUACUACUCUAUAGUCUGUAGUAGAAUAGAUGUUGCUGCGUUACGUGAUUUCUAGAAUUGUACAAAAGGGCUUCCGUCUUGGGAUGCUGACAAAACAUUUGUAGGGUAUAAAUUCAUAGCUCUUAUUCUUUCUCGCAACUCAUGGAUAUUUAUCGGUUAAAUAGACACUACCCGUAUACAAUGCAAUGUAUGUCAUAAUCACUAGCUACUAAAGUCAACUACUUUAUACUUUUUUGUUCGCUACAACCUUACCUGCAGCAAACUCGCAAGGGAGGAUUGUCUUGUAUGGUACUUUAUACCCCCU